GAGACCAUGGUGAAGAGAGUUGCAAUUAUUGGAGCUGGCGUGAGUGGACUGACCUCCAUCAAGUGCUGCCUGGAUGAGGGGCUGGAGCCCACCUGCUUUGAGAGGAGUGAUGACAUCGGGGGUCUCUGGAGAUUCACAGAACAUGUUGAAGAUGGGAGGCCCAGCCUUUACAAAUCCGUGGUCAGUAACACCUGCAAGGAGAUGUCGGCCUUCACAGACUUCCCGUAUCCUGAGGAUUUUCCAGUCUUUCUGUCCAACUCCCAAGUCCUGGAGUAUCUCAGGAUGUAUGCCAAGCAUUUUGGCCUUCUGAAGCACAUCCAGUUCAAGACCACAGUCAUCAGUGUAAGGAAAUGCCCAGAUUUCUCUGCCACUGGCCAGUGGGCUAUUGUCACGGAGUCUAAUGGGAAGCAGGAGUCAUCUGUCUUUGAUGCUGUUAUGGUUUGCAUUGGCUAUCUCUCUGAUCCAUCCCUGCCGCUGGAGUCUUUUCCUGGGAUAGAGACAUUUCAAGGCGAGUACUUUCACAGCCGCUAUUACAAGCAUCCAGAUGUGUUUGAGGGGAAGAAAGUCCUUGUGAUUGGCAUGGGGAAUUCUGGAGUGGAUAUCGCCAUUGAGGCCAGUCGUGUAGCUAAAAAGGUGAUGAUCAGCACUGGCCGAGGCGCGUGGGUGAUCAGUCGGGUGUUUGACAAUGGUUACCCAUGGGACAUGGUCUUCCUAACUCGUUUCAUGAAUGUGAUCCGGAAUUCCCUCCCUGGGCCCAUUACAACGUGGCUGGUUGCGCACAGGACGAGUCAGUGGUUUGACCAUGCAAACUACGGCCUGAUACCUAAGGACAGAGAUGUGAUACGGGAGCCUGUGCUGAAUGAUGACCUUCCAGGCUGUAUCAUCACUGGGAAAAUCACCAUAAAACCGAGUCUGAAGGAGAUCAAGGAAAACUCAGUCAUGUUUCAAAAUAGCCCCACGGAGGAGCCUGUUGACGUCAUCGUCUUUGCCACAGGAUACAAGUUCUCCUUCCCUUUCCUUGAGGAAUCUGUUGUCAAAGUCGAAAAGAAGCAGGCAUCCCUGUACAAAUAUAUCUUCCCCCCUCAUCUGGAGAAGCCAACCCUGGCCGUCGUUGGCCUCAUCAAGCCAUUUGGUGCAGUCAUGCCAGUUGUAGAAAUUCAAGCUCGCUGGGUCACACGAAUCUUUAACGGCUUGUGUCAGCUGCCUCCAGUGAGCACCAUGGUGGAAGAGAUCAACGAGACGAAGAAAAACAAAAUUCGCUGGUUCGGUUUGUCCUAUGAUGAGAUCCUGAAAACUGAUUGCCUCGUGUAUAUUGACGAACUUGCCUCCUUGAUCGGCACAAAACCCAGUGUGCUGGCUCUGCUCUUCAAAGAUCCAAUCCUGGCCAUGAAAGUUUUCUUUGGUCCAUGCACAGCAUACCAGUACCGCCUGACUGGGCCAGGGAAGUGGGAUGGAGCCAGAAAUGCCAUUCUGACCCAGUGGGAGCGGACAGUGAAGCCCACGAGAACACGAGUUGUAGAGGAGCCUCCAAACUUCUGUUUCAAUUUGCUUAAACUAAUCGGCCUUUUUGCUCUCUUCGCUGCAAUUUUUCUUGGUUUCAAGUAGUCCUGGUGUGAUGUACAGCCUGCGUGUAUAAAUCUUUUCUGGCUAGACAAUAUCUCUAUAUGGGGAGGCAGGAAAGCAAUACAUACAAAGGUCCUGUAAGAACAGAAGGGUUUCUAAAUCAAACUUUAACCAAUGUCAC